GUUCAGGACAAUAAAAUAUAUGUUAGGGGUCCGAUGGUAAUAGUGGGUUAGUAAAGGAACAUGAUGAGUUACAUCCCCAGGCAUCAAGAAUUUAGAGAUAUUUGCAUGAAGACGCAAACAUAUAAUAUUUUAGUAAUAUUCAUGCAGUUUGGCAGAUAUACAUUAUGCCAUAUUCCAAAAGCCAAUGGGUUCACCGGCCGCCACCUCCCUCCCCUUUAACCCACAAAAUAAUGAGGGGAAAUCAAAGAAAAAUUCCUACAACCAGCAUAUUUUUUCAGUGACAAGGUAUGAGGGGAUUACCCGCUCAACUCCGCACAUACAUCUCCCUAUAUAUAGAGCUGCACAUAGUAUACAUAGCAUAGACAGAAAACAAAUUAAUACAACUAAGGCAGGCAGGCAUGGAAUGGAGGAAAUGUUAUCUGGACGUGAUACUGGUGCCAUUAGGUGUGCUAAUAAACAUUGCCUAUCAUGCUUGGCUAUGGCAUAAAGUCCGGACACAGCCACUUACAACCGUCAUUGGAACAUAUUCAAAGGCACAGCGCUUAUGGGUCCCGGCGAUCACGGAGGACAUUGACAAGAGGAGCAUACUGGCAGUCCAAACUCUGAGGAACAUGAUAAUGGGAUCAACCCUGAUGGCCACCACGUCAAUCCUUCUUUGCGCCGGCCUCGCAGCAGUGAUUAGCAGCACAUACAGUGUUAAAAAGCCACUCAACGACACUGUUUAUGGGGCUCAAGGGGAAUUCAUGGUAGCCUUAAAAUAUGUGACACUUUUAAUGACCUUCCUUUUCUCGUUUUUCAGUCACUCCAUGUCCAUUACGUUUCUAAACCAAGUGAGCAUCCUGAUUAGCACCCUAGGGGAACCCAAGUCGAUACUGAGUCCAGAGUACGUGUCUGAUCUUUUUGAGAAGGGUUGCCUUUUGAACACAGUGGGCAAUAGGAUUUUUUACGUAGGACUUCCUCUUCUGCUUUGGAUCUUUGGGCCAGUGCUGGUUUUCUUGUGUUUUGUCGCAACGGUGCCAGUGCUUUACAGCCAUGACUUCCUGUAUGGGUGUGGGAAUCGAAAGGUGAACUUCUGUGGACAAAUGGAAUCUGCAUAUGCAGAUAAAUUGGAAUCAUAGUAUGAAAUUGAUUUCCUUGCUUUA